UGAUUUUCUUUCUCUUCAUUUAUAUUUUCUUUUUAUUUUCCUGGCAACCAUUUUAAUUCCCUAUUUGUCUCUAUAGUUUUCCUAAUACUUUUCCUUAACUUUGACCCACUUUGAGGAAAAACCUAACUGCGCGCCCCACUGUGCGGCGGUAAACGAACGAUUUUGCGUUCUCCAUUUGGUGGUGACUAGUUGGUGGUUCCUUUGAAGGGAAAAGUGGGUGGGCGGUGAAAGUGGGCGAGAAGGACAGGGGGAGUGGUUCCCCGUUGGCAUGGUGCACGCGAAAAAGCCAAACGAAAGGUACAUUUUCCAGGCAAACUCCUCGUUGCUUUCGAGGAGUACGUCUAGAACUGUUGGUCGCGUUGGUUGAGAGUUCCAUUGUAUUAUUAUCCAUUAUAGACAUUUAAACAAUUAGGGCGCCCCAAGAUGAGUCUCCUUUUGCGGCGACGAUCGCGCAGCGAAACGCGUUCUCAGGAGAUUCGGGCGGAGAAGGCCAGGCAGCCGGAAUCGAAAUCCGACAAACCGGACAAGGAGCAGCUGGCGAAGCACUCCCACCACCAGAUGCGCCACAAUGCGCCACAUGCCAGUGAGCAGAGUCUCAACAAGCUGGGCCUGGUGGCCGGCAGUGGAAUGGGCAGGCGCAAGACGUCCGCGGAACUCAUCAGCGAGGCCAAGAUGUUCCUGGGCGAGUCCGUCGGCGGCGCCGUUCCCCUGAUGGCCACCGGCGGGGCCCGUUUGGUCAGCACUCGCCGACCCAUCACGCCCCGCGAAUCCGGACGGGUGUUGUACGGCAAAGUGGCCCUGGCAGGACGGCCACCCAGUGCAUUUUCCAUGCGCUAUCUUCAGAACGAGAAACCAUCUACGCCCCGCCAGCUGCCGGCUCUAUCGGGAUCUGGACCCGCCACGCCCAUGCCCACCAGAAAUGGCGCCCUACUCUGCCAAUCCAGCACAGAAACCCUGAUCGAACUGCUCAAGCAGCACAGUGGUCUCAAGGAUUGCAGCGAUGAGACAGUGCAGCACAUAAAUGCGAUCCUCCAGGAGCUUUAUACGCGCGUGAGAAAACAGGAGCGCAGCUUCAAGCGCGGUUUCAUCCUCGGAGGUCUCUAUGGACUGGUGGAGUGCAGUUCGCCGCGUGUUCUUUUGGCUGUGGCUCGUGUGGUUUUGGCACUGAGAGUCACGGGCAGUAAUCUGACGGGUGCCUGCAAGCUGAUCUUUAAGGUGGCCAGGCAUGAGCAGCAUGAUGCCUUGUUCCACGAGCACGAUGUGCUGGAACUGCUCAUCGAUGGCCUGGGCCACGCCUCGCCGCUGGAUGAGCCGGAGGCCUGCAUUUAUGCCUACGGUUGCAUACGUUUCCUCACCGCCAGCAGUGCCCAGGAGCGUGACGAUGCCCUCAACCGCAACUGGAUUGGUUUGGAGGGUUCCGGCUCAAGCUCUGGCUCCGAAAGUCAUCCGGUGCCCAUUGCAGCUCUCAUGCCGCCUGCUCUGUCGGCCAUUUCGGCUGGCCUUUGUCCCAGGAAGCUGACGGGCCAGCAAACAUUGGUAUCCCGCCUGGCUCGUCACGGCGCCGUGGAGCUGAUGAUUUUGCACCUGCAGAUGCUGAACGAGGCGGGGGCCACUAAGCGCCUUCAGGGUCCGCCGCUUCACACGCUCUACCAAUUGUCGGCGGCCAUGAGGGCACUGGCGGAUGUUUGCCAGCAGCAGCAGCGUUUGCAGCUUCAAUUGCAACUGGCGUGUCCACAUCUCAUCCGGGCAGCCGAGGUUUCCAUGGGCGAACUGGAGGUGCAGGCCAAUGUGGUGCGCACUCUGAGCGUGCUCUCCGAGGACUCUGAUUGCUGCGCAACGCUGCACAACUAUGCAGCCAGAAUUGGUCUGCUCCUGGGUCCUUCUUGUGCCGGUGGUGGUCAGUGCAGCGAACGUCUCCUGGCGGUGCUUAGCCGCUUGGGCUACAUGCUGGGCAAUAUACUGGCCAAACACGAGUCGGCGCGCAUACAGUACUUUCACAACGACGUGGCCAUGGAGUAUCUGCUGAAUGUGCUGGAGCAGUUAAACGAUCGCCCAGCCACCAGUGUGGCCCUUUUGGAUGCCCAAAUCAAGUUGAUACGAGUGGUGGCCAAUAUGAGUGUGAAUCCCGAGGUGGGCGCUGGCCUGGGAAAUGUCCGUUCGUUGGGCACCGUGCUGCUAAAGCUUUUGAGCAAAACCAGCGACGAGUUGGCCAAAAAGAAGUCGCCGGAACAGCAGGAGCUGCUGCAUGCCACCUUGGGAGCCCUGCACAACCUAUGCUUCUAUCAGGACAAACAGGCAGCCGUACAGCCGUUGGCCGAGGGAUCGCUGCAGAGCUUGAUUGACGACUUGUCCGAUGCGUUGGCCAAGGUCUUGGGCCACUGUCAGACGUCGGUGACCAAAGUGGAGUUGGCCCGCGUGUUGGGCAACCUAACGAGGAACGAGCGGGCUCGUCGUUGCUUCUGUGCGGCCGGAGGAUUGCCAUUGAUGGUGCAGCAGCUCACAAAGCAGGCCGCUGGGCAGGAUUACGAACUGCGCACCUGUGCCAUUGGGGUUCUGGUGAAUCUACUGGGCGAUGGCGAACAGCGAGGUCCUUUCCUACAACUCCGAGGAGCGGAACUGCUGUCCCUACUGCUGCGUGGAUCCUUGGAGCAGGAGGACUGGUUCCUGGCCAAUAUCGUGUGCCAGGCCCUCUGGAAUCUCCUCAUCGACGGCCAGUGUGCGGCUAAUCUCUGUCAGAGCGGUAACAUACUCGAUGAAGUGAGCGAUCUGCUGGCCGAUUAUCUCGAUGAGGAGCGAUUGCUGCCCGGCGAAAACGAUAAAGAUAACGAAGAGGACGAACCGGAACGGGAGCCAGAUGAUGUGGAUGCGGAUGUGGCGGAAACGGAUGCGGAUGCGGAUGGUCACGACGCUUUGUGGGAGGACUUCGCACUGGUGGCCACCGAUCUGCUGGAACGCAUCCAAAACAACUUCGAUAGGCAACAGCAAUCGCAGACGUUGGUGCUUCACCAGGCCGAUAACGAAGACGAUAACGAUGUUUUCAUCGAAGAAAUGUAGUAGCUGUUCGUUCAAUAGUUUAUAGUGUUUCUAUGUCUUUGCAUCAUUAUUCGAUAAAUAUCUUUAAUUAAAUAAUCAAAGCCAAUAAAAAAUGUUUUAAAUUAGCCCUCAAAUUGCUGGAAUCGAAUGGGGAAGUGGCAAAAUUUCUAAAUCAUAAUAUUUACCCAGCUUAGAAAUUAGGCAAAAAUCAUUUUGGGCAUGAUUAGUAACAUUUAAAAACAUUAAAUAUUGACAGUAAAAUAAUACACCUGUCUUGAAAAUCAAUAUCUUCAGCUAAUGCUCCCUUAAUAUAAACAACGAUGACGACUUCUUUUAACGAGGAAAUGAAUACACAAACAAGUUCCUAAUGUUUCAAGAACACUAAUCUACAAUCUUUAGAGUUUGUGGAAACGCAGUCCUACGAACUGGGUCACUACGUUAUAUUUAUAAAUAAACUGCCUUCAGAGUUAUAAAAGAUGAUACUUUGUUAUGAGAAAAACAAAUCUCGGUUGCGUAAACUUAAAAUUUGUUUAUAUGGUACAACUGCACAUAAUGCU